GCCAGAUCUUGAAUACCACCAAUCAAUUCUUCAUUCAUUUGUAACAUUGCCCCUGUCACGCCUUUAAACAAGGCAUUAUUCUGAAGUUAACCAUCCCCGAUCAAGGUAGAAUCCUCCGAAAUUCUUUGUCCCCUCAUUUUUUAUUUUCGCCUGGGGAGCCAAUCCUGCACCACCUGAUGUUCGAUUCACCCAACUUAAAUAAUACUGAUCCCACUUCCAUCUCGGUGCUUCGCCGAGACUCGAUCUUAAGUUACUCGGGACUGCCAUCAAGGAGGAUUUCCACGCCUAUUUUUACUACCUUUUAGUCACAGCAGGCUGUUGCUCUCAUUCGUUCGCACUCGUUACGCCAAAUCGAGUUGACCUCGUUUGAUUGCCAGUAUACAUGUUUCCUGGAUCUUUGUAGUUAACCUCCAGUGCGCCUGUCUUUUCACUUACCUUCACGACGAAAAACACCUGGGCAUAUAUCAAUAGGUCUGCCAUCUUCGAACUUUACAACAAACUAAACCUCUUGGUGGUUUAGCUGGUUGCGCUCAUUCACAGUCACGGUAUCCUAUUAUUAUCAUCAUGGCAGGAGACGCUGGCGAGGGCCAAGCGGCAGGAUGGACGCCGGCUAUGGAAAACGAAUCACUUUCAAACUACCUUCUGAUUGUCUGUGGUGCUGUUUCGGCAGCCCUUAUUGUUUGGCGGGUCACGACGGGUCUCGCUAGAUAUAUCCGAACGGUCACGAAUUUGACGAACGACACACAGCGAUACUAUGCUCGCCCAUCCGGCAAAUUCUCCUGGAUCAAGAAGAACCUACUUUACUCCCCAUUAUUCAGAAAACGACACAACCGGGAAUUCCAACUGAGCAGCGCCAUCAAUGUCGGCACCUUACCCACGCGUUUCCAAUUCCUAUUUCUCUUUGCCUAUUUCGCCACCAACGUCGCAUUCUGUGUUAUCAACAUCCCGUUUGCCGGAAGUUUUAACGAUGCCUGCAAACAGUUGAGAAACCGCAGCGGAACUUUGGCUACCGUUAACAUGAUUCCUUUGUUUUUUAUGGCCGGAAGAAAUAACCCCCUUAUUAACCUUCUCGGGAUGUCGUUCGACACAUUCAACCUACUACAUCGUUGGUUUGGUCGUAUCGUGAUUCUCGAGGCCGUAUGCCAUACUUUUGCCUAUUGGGCUGCGUCAGCAUCGACAAAAGGAUGGGGAGCAGCCCUAUCGGCUACGGUCUCCAAGCCGUUUCUCUUAUAUGGAUUCCUUGGCACCUGCGCGUUUGUUGCCAUCUUCUUCCAGGCCGCAAGCAUCGCUAGACACGCCUAUUAUGAAUCAUUCAAGAUUCUGCAUAUCCUUCUCGCCGCAUUGGCCAUCGCCGGCCUUUGGUAUCAUCUUGCGGACCUUUCAGCCAUGAAGUGGCUGCUUCCGGUCAUACCCAUUUGGGCUGGCGAUCGACUCACUCGUGUUGUACGCAUUGCCUAUCAUAACAUUGGCAAGGGAGGAACCAAGACCCUCAUUGAGGCACUGCCUGGAAAUGCUGUCCGAAUUACGGUAACGAUGGCUCGACCUUGGACUUUCCGUCCUGGCCAGCAUGCGUAUCUGUAUUUGCCAUCAAUCAGUUUUUGGCAAUCACACCCCUUUUCCCUCGCAUGGAGUGAGGAGGCCGAGGACUUGACAUCGGAUAAGCUAGCCAUGAAUCGCCAAGAUGUGCUUGCUCUACGAAAAACCACCAUGUCGUUCAUCGUUCGAGGAAGGACCGGGAUGACUCACACCUUGUAUCAGAGAGCCGCCGCUCGUCCUGAUGGUCGACUUAUGACCACUUGUCUUGUGGAAGGUCCAUAUGGCGGAGACCAUAUGAUGCAUUCAUAUGGUACGGUCAUGCUCUUCGCUGGUGGUGUAGGCGUCACCCAUGCAGUCCCCCAUGUCCGAGAUUUGGUUACAGGAUUCGCCAACGGCACAGUAGCCACGCGGAAGGUUGUUCUCGUGUGGAUUAUCCAGAGCCCUGAACAUCUAGAGUGGAUUCGACCCUGGAUGACAGAAAUCCUAGCCAUGGACAGACGGCGUGAUGUACUGCGCAUCAUGCUAUUUGUCAGCAGGCCACGCUCAACGAAAGAAAUUCACAGCCCGUCAUCAACCGUCCAGAUGUUCCCCGGUAGACCUAACAUCGAGACACUCAUCUCUAUGGAGUCUGAACAGCAGAUUGGAACCAUGGGCGUAUCAGUCUGUGGACCUGGUGCCCUCAGCGAUGAAGUGCGGCUUGCGGUACGGAAGAGACAAUAUGACAGUUCCAUCGACUUCAUUGAAGAGGCUUUCUCGUGGUAAACGAAGUUAGCCAUACCACUAUGUGGGAAUCUCCCGGACCUACUUGGGGAUUGGGAUCCAUAUUAGUGGCGUCUUGUAUUAUGACGACCCGGUUCGAUUGUGCAUAUUUCUCUUCUUUUUUUCUUGUUGCGACCUGUUUCGCGGUUUCGUGUAAAUACUCCUGAUGAUUGAUAGAUACGUGGGCCUAAGAGCGAUGGUAGCUAUGCCCGGCUACAUUAAGAAUAUAUAAAAAUGAUCUGGUAUACUUUUUGAUCUCAAACAUGUAAAACGAAUGUGUUCAUGCGAACUGCCUGGUGCAUAGGCAACCUCAAGACUCUUUGUAGACGUACAAAGGAGUUGGUGAUGUCGCCGUACUGCUUUGAACAAGUAUAAUACAUAUUUGAAUGUUACUAUAGUUCAACAAAGAGGAAGAUGAUAUGGAUUCAUUGGUACCAAGUCUAUGUUUGAUAUACAUGUAUAUUGUGUCUGCUGAGAAGAAUAGGAAUUAGUAGCUUGUCAGCCUCAUCGAGAAGUGGGUAGAAUGUUACUAUAUAUAUACC